AUGCAUGAUGUGAUAAAGAAGGUAAAGAAGAAGGGGGAGUGGAAGGUGCUGGUGGUCGAUCAGCUGAGCAUGAGGAUGUUGUCCUCCUGCUGUAAGAUGACAGACAUCAUGACCGAGGGGAUAACAAUUGUGGAAGACAUCAACAAGCGCAGAGAGCCGCUGCCCAGCCUGGAGGCUGUGUAUCUCAUCACUCCAUCUGAGAAGUCUGUCCACUCUCUCAUCAGUGACUUUAAGGACCCACCGACCGCUAAGUACCGGGCUGCUCACGUCUUCUUCACUGACUCUUGUCCAGAUGCCCUGUUUAAUGAGCUGGUGAAAUCACGAGCAGCCAAAGUCAUCAAGACUCUGACGGAAAUCAACAUUGCAUUUCUCCCCUAUGAGUCCCAGGUGUAUUCCUUGGACUCUGCUGACUCUUUCCAGAGCUUCUAUAGUCCCCACAAGGCUCAGAUGAAGAACCCAAUACUGGAGCGCCUGGCAGAGCAGAUUGCAACACUGUGUGCCACCCUGAAGGAGUACCCGGCUGUGCGGUAUCGGGGGGAAUACAAGGACAAUGCUUUGCUGGCUCAGCUAAUCCAGGACAAGCUCGACGCCUACAAAGCCGAUGACCCAACAAUGGGCGAGGGCCCAGACAAGGCGCGCUCCCAGCUCCUGAUCCUGGACCGCGGCUUUGACCCCAGCUCCCCCGUGCUUCAUGAAUUGACCUUUCAGGCUAUGAGUUAUGACCUGCUGCCCAUUGAAAAUGAUGUAUACAAGUACGAGACUAGCGGCAUUGGAGAGGCCCGGGUGAAGGAAGUGCUCCUGGACGAGGAUGAUGACCUCUGGAUAGCGCUGCGCCACAAGCACAUCGCGGAGGUGUCCCAGGAAGUCACCCGUUCUCUGAAAGAUUUUUCUUCCAGCAAGAGAAUGAAUACCGGAGAGAAGACCACCAUGCGGGACCUGUCCCAGAUGCUAAAGAAAAUGCCCCAGUACCAGAAAGAGCUCAGCAAGUAUUCAACCCACCUGCACCUGGCCGAGGACUGCAUGAAGCAUUACCAAGGCACCGUGGAUAAACUCUGCCGAGUGGAGCAGGACCUGGCCAUGGGCACGGAUGCCGAAGGGGAGAAGAUCAAGGACCCUAUGAGAGCCAUCGUCCCCAUUCUGCUGGAUGCAAAUGUCAGCACUUAUGACAAAAUCCGCAUCAUCCUUCUCUACAUCUUUUUGAAGAACGGCAUCACUGAGGAGAACCUGAAUAAACUGAUCCAGCACGCCCAGAUCCCCCCAGAGGACAGCGAGAUCAUCACCAACAUGGCACACCUGGGGGUGCCCAUCGUCACUGACUCCACCCUGCGCCGCAGGAGCAAGCCAGAGCGGAAGGAGCGCAUCAGUGAGCAGACCUACCAGCUCUCACGGUGGACUCCGAUCAUUAAAGACAUCAUGGAGGACACUAUUGAAGACAAACUCGAUACCAAGCACUACCCGUAUAUCUCCACCCGCUCCUCUGCCUCCUUUAGCACCACCGCGGUCAGCGCCCGCUAUGGGCACUGGCAUAAGAAUAAGGCCCCAGGGGAGUACCGCAGUGGUCCCCGCCUCAUUAUUUUCAUCCUUGGGGGCGUGAGCCUGAACGAGAUGCGUUGUGCUUAUGAGGUGACCCAAGCCAAUGGAAAGUGGGAAGUGCUAAUAGGAUCCACGCACAUUCUCACCCCACAGAAACUGCUGGACACGCUGAAGAAACUGAAUAAAACAGAUGAAGAAAUAAGCAGUUAA